UAUCUUUUGCUUUAUGGUUCUUUUCUUGGUAAAAUAAAAUUUCUUAUCAUUGUCUUCUUCUUCUUCCGAUCUACUCUUCAUUUUGAUCUUCAAAUAUGGAGCCAGCGCAACAUCACCAUCAAGCCGACCAAGAAAGCGGCAACAACAACAAGUCCGUCUCUGGUGGUUACACGUGUCGUCAAACGAGUACAAGAUGGACACCAACGACCGAUCAAAUCAGAAUACUCAAAGAUCUUUACUACAACAACGGAGUCCGGUCACCAACAGCCGACCAGAUCCAGAAGAUCUCUGCAAGGCUGAGACAGUACGGAAAGAUCGAGGGAAAAAAUGUCUUUUACUGGUUUCAAAACCAUAAGGCUCGUGAGCGACAGAAGAAGAGAUUCAACAGCACAACCAUGACCAUACCAACGUCUUCAUCGCCCAACUCGGUUAUGAUGGCUAGUGAUCACUAUCACCAUAACCAUCAUCAUCAUGGCGUUACCAUCCAGAGACCUGCUUUGGUCAACGUUAAGCUCGACCAAGAAAAUCAUAUGUUUCAUCAGAACAGAUCAUAUCCCAGCUUCAAUAACGGGAAUAUAAAUCAUGCAAGUUCAGGCACGGAAUAUGGUGUUUUCAGUGCUUCUAAUGGCUACAUUAGUAGCCAUAUCUAUGGACCUAUGGAACAAGACUGUUCAAUGAGCUACAACAACGUAGGUGGAGGAUGGACAAAUAUAGAUCAUAAUCACCAUUACUCAACUCCAGCCUACAACUUCUUCGAUAGACCAAUGCCUCUGUCUGGACUAGAAGGUCAUCAUCAAGAAGAAGGAGAAUAUGGUGGCGAUGCUUAUCUGGAACAUAGACGCACACUUCCUCUCUUCCCUUUGCACGGUGAGGAUCACAUCAACGGCGGUGGUGGUUCCAUCUGGAAGUACGGACAAUCGGACGGUUGUGAUCGUUAUGGUAGAGGCCCUUGUGCUUCUCUUAAGCUGUGUCUGAACUGAACUCCUAGACCAGCGUCGUACCGGAUUAAAGUUGUCUUUCGCUAUCUCUCUCGCAUGUUUCGCUAGUGAUUAAUGAUGCAGUAAGUAUAAAAGUAGUAUCUCGAGUACUUGUAGUUUAUAGUUGUAUUUACUAUCGUCUAGGUUGAACUUUCAAUGAGUGUGUUUUUUUCUCUUUUCUUUUAUAAUGUAAGACGUU